CAGUUCAAACAAAAGGGAGUGUGGAGGAAAGCAUGAGAACCUCGAGCAUGUCUGACAGAUAUUUUGAAAUCCUGCGAGACAGCCGUCUGUCAUGGAAUGACAUCCCCUUAGGUCGACAGCUCCCCAGGACUCCUCCUUUGACGGGUGUGAAGAAACACUUGGACUUCUGUAAUGAAGACACAAGUGAGGAUCAUGAGAACCAGCAGCAGAACGUGGAGGUGCAGGCCGAGACUACAGCUCAAGAGGACAAUAACCAAAACGUGACGUUUGAUUUCAACACGCACGAGACAGAAACGGAACCACAUGAGCCGAACUCCAUGCUGAAAGGGAUGAAGGGGUAUCAGCUGACACAGAUUGACUUGGAGUUUAUUGAAAAUAUGAAAGUGGAGAAACUUAUUAAAAAACUGCAGGGAGAUCUGGAGGAGGUGUGGAGGUUGUUGAAGACAGAAAAGAUGUCCUUAGAGCUGGCGUUAGCUUCCAGAGAGAAAACACAGGCUGAUCUCAAAAUGCUCCCGUCUUGUGAAGACCUCCUGGAGUUGCUGAAGGUGGUCUUCAGAGUGACUUCUCCAUCGACUCAGUUACCAGACCUGGCGUCGCUCAUGGACAUGGCGACGAGAGAAAACAUCCAAAGAGUCUCUGAUGAGAAGAGGCUUGAGCUCACUCGCAUGGAGAACGUGGCGGCAAACAAGAGGAAGAAAGCGGCUCAGGAGAGAGGGCAGCUUGAAAAACAAAUCGCCAGUGAACGGCUGAAGAUCCAGGGAUUAAUGAGCCAGUUGACAAACCUGAAAUCUGAACUUGCACAACAAGAGGAAGUCUAUAAGGCUCUUAAAAUGCAGACCAACACUCCAGAAGCAGGAGAGGCCUCAGAGAAACAACAAGCCACUAAAAGACGAGCCAAGGGUCGAGGAAAGGGAGGAACCAAGGCUGUUAACUUUACAGAAAAGCUUCAGGGUGCAACAAACGUAAGUAAAUCAACAAAGGGCAAACUCGCAGACGAUAAAACGGACAAGCAGUCUAGUGUUAAAUAUGAUCGUGCAAAUAAGAACACAUGGGAAACUCCGAAGACAAAACGGAAGCCUGCAGCGGCAGAGAAGCCGCAGAGGUCUGUUAAAGGAGCCAGAGGGCCGCUGAAGAAAGUCGAGGAGCAAGAGGCAAAUUCACAAGAGUCUGUGAGAGGGAGAAGAAAGCGGCUUCUACCCACAGCGACUGCAGCGUCACUACCAAAGAAACAAAGUGGCGGGAAAACUGGGGAAGCCUCGUCCACGUCACGGCCGGCGGCUCCCUCGCAGGACAGGAAGCACGCGGCUGCAGGCGACGCUGAGGAGAGCCGAGACACUGUUCUGAGGAGAUCCAAGAGGAUCGCCAGCAGGAGGUGAAGGUUCACUCGAGUGGCUGGUGCAGACUGCUGACUCAUCCUUUUUCUUUGACUUGCUGAAUUUAAUUCCAACAAUGGGAAUUCUUUUUUUAAUUUUGUGCUUUUGAAAGUAUGUAAUUUUAAAAAUCCAAUCUGCUGUUUUUAAUUUGUUUUUUAUAUAAAAAAAAUUAAAUGUAACUUUCAAGAGACUAGAGCAUAGUGUUUGUUGAAUGAUGAAGUUUCCACUAAAGUUGAUCAAUAAAGUCAAUUUAUAAACCGAA